AUGUUAGCUGAGUUGUCUGUGAGAGAGAAGGAAGCAAACAUUAAGCCUGAUCCUGAUGUUGAUAUCUUUAUGAAGAUAUUGGGACUUGACAUCUGUGCUGAUACCCUCGUUGGAGAUGAAAUGUUUCAAGGGGAGACGACGGUUGGACCAGCUAAAGCACUAUUCACAGAUGAGAUUUCAACUGUCUUAGACAGUUCAACAACAUUUCAGACAAUGAAUUCAAUCAGGCAAUCAAUCCACAUUCUUCAAGGAACUACUAUGAUCUUACUCUUGCAGCCUGCACGAGAAACUUAUAACUUAGUCGGUGACAUAGUUCUAUCAGAUGGACAAAUUGCUUACCAAGGUCCACAUGAAAACAUCUUAGGGUUCUUUGAGUACAUGGGAUUCAAAUGCCCUGAAAGGAAAGGAGAAGCUGAUUUCUUACUAGAAGUGACAUCACGGAAGGAGCAAAAGCAAUACUGGGCUAAUCGAGAUGAACCUUAUAAGUUUAUUACUUUGAGGGAAUUUUCAGACAAGUUCCAGUCUUUUCACAUUGGACAGAAGCUAGGGGAUGAGCUUGGUGUUCCUUUUGACAAAUCCAAGAGCCACCCUGCUGCUCUAACCACACAGAGUUAUGGUGUUAGCAAGAAGGAAUUACUGAAAGCUUGCUCAGCUAGAGAAUUCCUUCUUAUGAAGAGGAAUUCAUUCAUCUAUAUAUUCAAGAUAGUACAACUUAUCAUAAUGGAUUUCAUAACAAUGACACUAUUCCUACGAACGGAGCUGCACAAGAAUACAGCAAGGGAUGGGGGUGUUUACUUGGGUGCACUGUUUUUUUGCUGUAAUGAUGAUUAUGUUCAAUGGAUACUCAGAACUUGCCCUCAGUAUUAUGAAGCUUCCAGUCUCUACAAACAGCGCGAUUUUCUCUUCUUUCUUGCAUGGGCAUAUGCUCUGCCUACAUGGAUUCUUAAGAUACCAAUCACACUUGUAGAAGUUUGCAUUUGGGUGUGUAUGACUCAUUAUGUUGUAGGAUUUGAUGCAGUUAGUGGGAGGUUUUUAAAACAGAUAUUGCUUCUUACAUGUGUUAACCAGAUGGCCUCGGCACUAUUUCGCUUAUUAGCAGCUCUUAGAAGAAAUCUAAGAGUUGCAAACACAUUCGUAUCAUUUGCACUACUUACAGUUAUGGUUAUGGGUGGAUUCGUUGUAUCUAGAGGUAAAAUUUCAUGCAGUGUUGAGAAACUGCACAAAAUGUCAUUGCUGUCAAUGAAUUUCUCGGGAAGAGUUCCUCCAAACUCCGCAGAUACCUUAGGUGAAACACUCUUAAAAUUGUGUGGACUCUUUCCAUCUGCAACUUUUGGGAAACCUCAGCCAAUUCUAUCUGAAGAAACUGUGACAGACAGGAUAGCCAACACAAGGGGAGGAAAUGAAGUUCUACGAAGUGCAUCUUCCAGGUUUAUGUCUUCAAGAGUAGAAAGCAUCAACGAGGCCGAUGCAAACAGGAACAGCAAAAGAGGAAUGAUUCUUCCUUUUGAGCCCCUUUAUAUAGCUUUUGAUGAUAUCAGAUAUGAGGUAGAUAUGCCACACUUUAUGGGUGUUACUGGAGGUGGUAAGACCACCCUGAUGGAUGUCUUAGCCGGAAGUAAAACUGGUGGACACAUAGAAGGAAGCAUCACUAUAUCAGGGUACCCCAAGAAGCAAAAACAUUUGCUCGAAUAG